GGAGAGUUCACGCGCCUGCCGGAUAGACGCGUCAAAGCUCUCGGCCUGGUCCUUUACCCUUGCCUCCGCGCCUUCUUGCCUAAUUGCAUUUGCUUCGCAGCACUUGCUUUUUGGCGUCUUUGCCGCGGCUGCUGCAGUACUCUUGUGCGAGCUCAGGGAGACGAAUAGACAUGGCCAAAGAACGGCACCCAGGCCAUGUCUAGAAGCUGCCCGCCGCAUAAGCCUUGACUUUUGCGGUGUCUGUGCAGAACCCACUUCCCAGAACAGGGCCAAGAGGGACAAUGUCCCGGCGGACUCAUCUGCAAUUUGUCACGCAAAAUUCACUAGAGAUUCACCACGUCUCAUGCUAACGCGUGUUAAAGCUCUAGGCAAAAACGUUACGUCUGGUGGCAGCGGAUAUUAGAAAUGAUUUGCUUGUCAUUCUGAAAGCACGGCUGUGCUUGACACAACAUCAAAAAUUUGAGUUCGUCCGUUUGCUCUCCUGGGUACACAGACACGGUGUUCUGAAGCACCAUUUUUGCGCGGUUGAUGUCCGAAUUUAAUUUCUGAACUUAUAGUUCGCCUAGCAGUCUUUUGCUGGGACGGAAAGGAUCCUCGUCGGUCACCAUCAUGAACAAGAAAGACUCGACGAUAUUUCUGAUUGCAUUUUUUUUCUUCGUCGUUAGAGUAUCUAUACUCCCAGAGACAGAAAGGUAAGCACCACCAUGCGGCGGUCCUCCCAACUCUGUGACGUGUCACAUUUCCAGACGCACCGCAUCAAAACGCGGCUCCCGACCUUCACAAAGCACAGUCUAGUCUGGAAUCCCGCCGCGCGGCGUUGCUGUGUCAACGAGUGGCACACGAGGCAGACGGAAGGACGUGCUGGUCGAGAACAGGACUACGUAGGGUCUCAGAGUAGUUCUUCUGCUUAUUCGGAGAACAACGACGCGUCGUUGGUACCACCAGCGGCAACGCCAGACACUUACAGCGGUGCCACAGGUUCUUUCGCAGAACAAGAUGCACUCGGUGGUGGCGUGGAGGUACAGGCGACGGCACCACUUGUGUCACAACCUGGCCUUAGAAUUUCUGUCUCGUCAUCGAGCACAUCAUUUGCUUCCAGUUCCUCUUCGACGAUUCGACUCACCGAUCACCUCCAGAAGUUCACUUUUGGAUCUCGCACGCAGGCACAAGCGUGGCUAGAAACCGGUCGGGUGACGAAUGGAAACACGGGAGAAGUGAUCUUGCGCGACUGUCGAAUACUGUCUGAAGUCGGAAUACGAGGGGCGAAAACUUCAGGAUCUUCUGGACGAGAAUUCCACCGAAAAACUUCCACGUCCAACCUUUUCGUCGACGGGCGUCCGCUGGAAUUCGAGACUUACCGUUUCUUUCGUGGCCCGUUCUUGAACUUGCCGCGGUGUGGUGGUGAUGAAGCUUUCUUCCGCGAGCACCAGAACACCGAACUUGGCAGGAAAUGCAAGCGGUUGAAGGUGUUUGGCAUGGAUUUAUUGCAGGCAGCGCCAAACAAACUGCAUACGGGGCUGCUGGUGCUCACGAAUGAUCCUGGAACGAAGCGGGACAUUUUGGAAGGAGGAGUCGAAAUUUGUUUUGCUGGUAACUCGAUGAUGUCAGAAGUUGAAAUCGAAAGAAUCGAAAAGAUAUACAAGUGCCGGAGAUUAUCGGACGUCAGACUUGCAGUGUCAAACGAACACGAUCACCAGCAUAAUUCGGCGACUGUAGCAGGGCGGCGUAAUGACGAACAUCUUUAUCUGAAGCCGCAGCUGCUCACUCAAGAAGGGCGUUGCGCUCUUGCGUUUUCAUCUUCUAGCACAGUGUGCAAGCAAUCUACCUUGCGUGGUCACAAUCGAACGAAUUCUGCACUUCAACCUCAUACCUUUGGACGCCUAAACUUCUUUCAUCUUGAGCAUGCACGGGCCUGGCUGCAAGACUAUUUCUUUCUUUCCGCAGUGGUCUAUCGACUGGGAAGGCGAAGCCUUGAAGAGAUGACGCCCGGCGAGAGGAAGCGGACCUUUAUUUGAUUUGAUUGGUUUGGAAAUCAGGAAAGCUAGUGGCCGCAGGACCGAGCAAUUUAAGAGAAUGCAAAUUAGACGCAAUUAACCGAAGGACAUGAACAAGAACGAAGCGGCACAGUGUGCUGCUUGAUCGCAUCACGCUUCGCCAAGCAAAAAAUGAUGCAGAUCAAUAAAUGAAAACCAAAGAAGAAGUAGCCAGCCACAGCGAGCGGCACCACCGUUCAGCUCCAGCACGACCAGCAGACCAUCAUGAUAUAAUCAAGUGAUACUUGAGUAGCUGCGCCGCUGGCUUUGCUUUUGCUCUUGUUGUGGUCUUGAACCUGCGCGCCGAUGUACACGUAAUUUUGAACUAUAGCAAAAACAGUAGCAAU